AUUCCAACAGAUUCAAAUCAAAGUAAAAAAAAAAUUAAAUUGAGAAAUAAAAUAUCAAAGAAAAAAUUACAUUUCUUGAAAAUAUCUAGUGAAAGUUCAGCUGAUGAAACAAACAAUGAUAAUAAUAUAGAUGAAAAUUUUGAAUGCAAUAGUAACAAAGAUGAAAAGAGAAAAGUAAAUAUAAUUGAUACAAAAUUAGAAAAUAAUAUUUUACGAUCAUUAAGACCAAGGGUUAACAAAGGAUAUCAUUUAAAAGCAGAUGAGUAUUUUACUACUCAGUCAGAAAAAUCUGUAACAUCGAAUCAUACUUUAAAUAGAUUAAGAAAUCGACAUUUAGAUGAAGAAACAUUACAACAAUUAUUAGCAAAUGAUAGUUAUAUUUCAAAAACUCAUAAAAAAAAAAUUGAAAUAAUAUCAGAGUCGUUAAUUUUGUGUUACAAGGAAUGGCUUUAUAUAAUGGAAGAAGGUUAUACUGUAUUAUUAUUUGGUCUUGGAUCAAAAAGACUUUUAAUUAAUAAUUUUCGUAAAGAAGUUAUUUUUAAUGAACCGACAUUAGUUAUAAAUGGUUUCUUUCCAAGUUUGACGAUAAAAGAUAUAUUAGAUAACAUUAUUGUUGAAUUAUUAGGAUUGAAUACAGUCACUAAUCAAAAUGAAUGUUAUGAUAUUAUUGAAAAAACGAUGAAAACUCACCCAGAUGAUUGUAUAUAUUUAUUGAUUCAUAAUAUUGAUUGCGGAAUGUUACGUUUGAAUAAAGCUCAGGAUAUGUUAUCACGCUUAGCAAACAUACCAAAUAUUCAUAUGUUAGCCUCGGUAGAUCAUAUUAAUGCGCCUUUAUUAUGGGAUAAUGUUAAAAGGGCAAGAUAUAAUUUUUACUGGAUGGAUGUUACAACAUUUUUACCAUAUCAAGCUGAAAUUUCAUAUGAAAGUUCAUUACUUGUUCAAAAAAGUGGAGUACUUGCUUUGUUAUCCUUAGAAAAUGUAUUUGCAUCAUUAACUUCAAACGCAAAAGCCAUAUAUAUAAUUCUUGUAAAGUAUCAAUUAGAGCACAAUGGAAAUAAUUAUUCUGGAAUGGCAUUUAAAGAUUUAUAUAUGUCAUCUAGAGAGGCAUUUUUAGUAUCUUCUGAUCAAGCUUUGCGAGCUCAAUUAACUGAAUUUAUUGAUCACAAACUUGUAAAAACUAAAAGACAAGUUGAUGGAAUUGAAUAUCUUAUUAUUCCAUUAGAUGAUGCAUUAUUGAAACAGUUUCUGGAGCAACAAAAUGACAUGGAAUAAUUGUUU